GUAUCCAAACGCCGUCUGCAUCCCUGACGACGAGGGAAGCGAGGGCGCAGGGAUGGGGAGCUGAAAUAGCAUGAACGCCAUGGGCGUCCUUGAAAGGUGGGGGGCAUUCUGGGCAGCGGUGAAAUGGACGGGCUACCCACGAUGGGCGCGGCAACCGCGUCGAGCUCCGGAGGAACGUGUCAUCACGUCCGUGCCUCUCGUCCUCACAAGGAACCCGGCCUGCCACCCUUCUCCUCCCCUCCCCUGCAGCAUCCAUCGUCGACGAUCGCCUCCCCCCUUGCCUUCUCUCCCUCUUCUCUCCUCUCUUUUACAUUGAUCAGGUCUCCCCAAUCUGUCAUUUUCCCUUCCUUCGUCUCCACCACCCCCCUUUCAUUUUUCUGCAACUGAAGCCUACAAUGGCGAAUUCGGCAUCAGGGAUGGCAGUCCAUGACGACUGCAAACUCAGGUUCCAGGAGUUGAAGGCGAAGCGAAACUACCGAUUCAUAGUGUUCAAGAUCGACGAAAAAGCACAGCAGGUGACGGUGGACAAAGUGGGGCAGCCCACGGAGAGCUACGACGAUUUCACCGCCUGCCUUCCCCCCAACGAGUGCCGAUAUGCGGUCUUCGACUUCGAUUUCGUCACUGAAGAGCAUUGCCAGAAGAGCAAGAUCUUCUUCAUUGCUUGGUCACCAGACACGUCCAGGGUGAGGAGCAAGAUGUUGUAUGCUAGCUCCAAAGACAGAUUCAAGCGAGAACUGGACGGCAUCCAGGUUGAACUGCAGGCCACAGAUCCUAGUGAGAUUGGGAUUGACAUCAUAAGAGGCCGAGCUCUAUAGAGCUCUCCAUCAUAUACUUCUAAAAGGAUUUGCACUUUUUUCCCCCUGAUAUUUUAUUCAUCAUAUUUUGGUCUUUGGGAUUCAGAUUUUACCAGGCACGUGUGAUUAAUGUUUUAUUAUUUAUUAGUUUUCUCGUUGGGAACUGAUUGCAUUUGUGACACAUUCUAUUCAUUUGUUUCAUUGUAUGAUGGCACCAAUGACUGCUUUUGCAGAUUAUAAAUCUUGAUGUCAUUCCUUAAUCAAGUUGCCUUCCCAAUGGUACAGACCUAUAACAUUUACUUUCAGGAUUCAUGAACCUGUGUCACCAUUUUGUGGUGUUGCAGCUAUUAUGUUGCAUUACAGGCGUUUGGCAACAAGAACACUAACAUCCAUGUCC